AGACAGUCGCACAAGGCGAAGCGGCUGCUGCCCGUGUUGAUUCAGCCUCCUCCUCCUCCUCCUCCACCUCCUCCUCUUCCUCCUCCUCCUGGUCUUCAGCACUGCUCCCCGCUGGACAGCUCCCGCUUGGACACCUCUAACGCUGCAUGGUCCCUUUAAGUCUUUUAAUGGAAGUAAAAUCUUUUUAUGUUGCAAGACAUAUUGGGAGUUUACAACUUCGUCCACGGGAGGAAUCUGCGGAUACCUCGUUUCGAGAUUUGUGGCAGGCAGCGCAUCCUCGGCGGAGCGGAUCACAGAAUCACUGUUAACGGCGACUGACGAGCCGUGCGCGCACAGGCUUCAUCCGCAGACAUUCGGUCCAGAGGUUAGGUCUGAAAACCGCGAAGCUGCUGUCUGCGUGGUCCGGUGCUGAAUUCUCCCGUCCGACUGCCAGGACCUUCGCCAAACCCAGAGACAUGGCGACGAACGGCACCAAGGCGGACGGACAAGUCACCGAGCUGAACGAGGUGGCCACGAUCAACGACAAACCCAAGUCCCUGGAGGUGAAACCCGAAAAGCCUCCAAAGGUGUUGCCAGACAGAGAGACAUGGGGGGGGAGAUUUGAUUUCCUCCUGUCGUGUGUGGGUUAUGCAAUUGGACUGGGCAACGUGUGGAGAUUUCCCUAUCUGUGUGGAAAGAACGGUGGAGGAGCCUUCUUGAUUCCUUAUUUUUUGACCCUCAUAUUUGCUGGGGUCCCCUUGUUUCUACUGGAAUGCUCCCUUGGCCAGUACACCUCAAUUGGAGGCCUUGGCGUGUGGAAGCUGGCUCCUAUGUUUAAAGGUGUGGGCCUUGCAGCAGCUGUCCUGUCCUUCUGGCUUAAUAUUUACUACAUUGUAAUCAUUUCUUGGGCCAUUUACUACCUGUACAACUCCUUCACUUUUGACCUUCCAUGGAGCUCAUGUGGCAAUUCAUGGAACACAGAGAAAUGUUACACAAACUACUCCAUUGGAGACACCGCCAACCUCACCAGUUCAGUGGUGGAGUUUUGGGAGCGCAACGUUCAUCAAUUGACCGAUGGUUUGGAAAAACCAGGCACGAUCCGAGCGCCACUGGCCAUUACCCUGGCCAUCGCCUGGGUCCUUGUGUACUUCUGCAUCUGGAAAGGGGUUGGCUGGACAGGGAAGGUGGUUUACUUCUCCGCCACGUAUCCCUACUUCAUGCUGUUCAUUCUCUUCUGCCGUGGCGUGACUCUACCUGGAGCCUCCGAUGGGAUUCUGUUCUACAUCACCCCUAACUUUGAGAAACUCAAAGAGUCUGGGGUAUGGCUAGAUGCGGCUACCCAGAUCUUUUUCUCCUAUGGAUUGGGAUUGGGGUCCCUUAUAGCUCUGGGCAGUUAUAACCCUUUCAAUAAUAAUGUUUACAGAGACUCGAUCAUUGUGUGCUGCAUCAACUCGUGCACCAGCAUGUUUGCUGGCCUUGUCAUCUUCUCCAUCGUGGGCUUCAUGGCCCACGUGACAAAGAGAGACAUCGCCGACGUAGCAGCUUCAGGCCCUGGUUUAGCUUUCCUGGCCUACCCGGAGGCUGUAACCCAGUUGCCGGUGUCUCCUCUCUGGGCCAUUCUGUUCUUCUCCAUGCUGCUCAUGCUGGGGAUAGACAGCCAGUUCUGCACUGUUGAAGGCUUCAUCACCGCUCUGGUGGACGAGUUCCCCACAGUUCUGAGGGGUCGACGAGAGAUCUUCAUCGCCUGCGUCUGUCUGGUGUCGUAUGUGAUCGGACUGUCAAACAUCACACAGGGGGGACUCUAUGUGUUCAAACUGUUUGACUACUACUCUGCCAGUGGAAUGUGUCUGCUGUUCUUGGUCUUCUUUGAAUGCAUCUCCAUAUCCUGGUGCUAUGGUGUGGACAAGUUCUACGACAACAUCCAGGAGAUGAUUGGCUACAAGCCGUGUAUAUGGUGGAAGAUGUGCUGGGUCGUGUUCACCCCUCUCAUUGUCGGCGGGGUGUUCCUGUUCAGUGCCAUACAGAUGGUUCCUCUCACGAUGGGAGAGUACGUGUUCCCACUCUGGGGUCAGGGAGUGGGCUGGCUCAUGGCGUUGUCCUCCAUGCUGCUCAUACCAGGCUACAUGGUCUAUAUGUAUCUCGGACUCAAGGGCACUUACAAAGAGCGACUUCGGAUAAUGCUUAGGCCUCCUGCCGUCGUCAGGCGACCUCUGGAGAAUGGACCCGAGCAGCUAGUGGAAACCAACACCGCUGACCCAUCCAGUCCCACCAAUCCAGCCACACCGGCUAGCCCUGCCAACCCGGCCCCCGCCAACGCCGCCAGCCCCACCAGUCCAGCUCCAGUCAGCACAACCAGUCCCGUGACCCCGGCUAACCCGGCUCCUCCCCCGGCUGUUCCAGCCGUCGCCACGAGCCCUGUGAACCCGGCAGCUAGUCCGACCACAACCACCGCCACUACGGCCAGUCCAGUGAACCCCACCAUCACCACAACCAUCACCACCACAACUGUUAGUCCAACCAUCCCACCACCCAACCCAGUCAACCCAACGGAGCCCGUUAUCCCCCCGAACCCAACGAGCCCAACCAUCAACCUGACCAAUGCCGAGGCCAACGUGUAGACAACAGAGAAACCCUCAUGGAGCAUGUAGACAAAAGAGAACAUUACAAAGGACUUCCAAGAUUUUAAUUGAUUCAUCUACCUCCAGGGGCAACAUGUAAUCGAAACAGAUUUUCAAACCAUGUUUAAUUUUUCUGCAUUUGUAAAGCCAAGCCAAUUAUGUCUUACUGUUGGUUUGCAUUUCUGAAAAACAAUAUCAAAGACUGUUAGUCACAAACACAACCAUAAAUCUGAGUUAAAAAAAAUGAAAAAAGAAUAUUUAAAAAUACUGUGUAAUACUGUGAGAAAAGAAAAAAAACAGAGAUAUAGAUUAGAAAUUUGUUGAAUAUCUUCAUGAAUCAAGUAAAUACCGUGUGAAUAUAGUAGAUGAAGUAGUGAAACAAAAUUGACAUCAUUGACGAAUGCAAAUAUUUGGUGGCGUCAAUUUUCUUGUGGAUGUUUACUAGACCUCACACAGUUGUGUCUCUUUUCCAAACGUUGCACUCUGUGAGGUAAACUACAGGCCACGAGGCGAGCGGGGGGGGGGGGGGUACUCAGAGUUAGCACAAUGCCGAUAAGAAGUUCGUGAUUAGGAGCCUCUGGAGAAAUCCAGUAUUCGUCGAAAAAAGAUUUUGUGCGUGAGAGAGAGACUGUUAUUUUUUUCCUUCCUUUUUUCAGUAAAAAAAAAAAAAGAGAGAGAAAACUUUUAUGUGAUCAAAGCAUUUUUAGAAUUAUUUUUAGGAUGUUUUAUACUAUACGUGUUGUGAUGGAGGACCAAAACCAAUAGGCAGACAAAAGCAAAAACGAUGCCGUUUAGUGUUCGGUUGGCAAAGCACAGGGUACAAAGAAGUACACAAAAAAAAAAAGAUAUAUAUCUAUAAAAGCACAGGGUUAGAGAAGUGAUUUACAAACAUGGACUAUCCCUUAAUGCUGACAGUCAAUCCUGUUUACGUUCUGCAUGCAUUCCUCAGGAACAUCAGUAAAAAUCUGAAAUGUCUCCUGGCAAACAAAAAAAAAAGAAGAAGAAGAAGAAGAAGAAGAAAGAACAGAGACGGCCUUAAGCCAAUUCACCAAUUUCCAACCAGGCCACAGUCUGUUUACACGACUGGGCACGGCUACAAAAUACCACUUUCUUACGCGAGCACAAAAACCUGGACCAACUCUGUGUCGAAGUACAGUCGUCAUCUUUCUUUUCUUUUUUACGUGUAAUGAUCAGUUAGAGUUUGAUCAGUAUGUAUUCAGCAAUACAUAUGUAGGUGUAUAAGUGCAGGCCAGUAAGCAGGUGGUCUGUUUUCUGUUUCGGGUUUAUGUUGUCUUUGCUUUACUAGUGAAAAAAAGCACAAAGCUUUAAAUUCCCCAGACGUUUUGCCAUGGUGUGUUAGGACAAUGUUAGUUUGCUUCUCUGGCAGCUACUGUGAAAGGCAUCUGGUCGAGCAGAACACGUUUACCUUAGAAAAGCAAAACUACUGAGCGAUAAAAAAACAAUGUGAAAUGGCUACAGUUCAUGUCCUGUGAAUUUUGUAUAAAGUUACUCUACCACAGUUUUCUCUGGAACUUUGUUGUAAAACUGUACUGUGUAAAACAUGUAACUGUGAAUGUCUGUAAUACAUUGGAAGUUAUUGUCUAAAUGUUGAAAAAAUGGAGUUGCUGUUUUCUGCAAUAAUAUUUUGAUCACAGAAGCUAAAGCACAUAU